AUGCCAUCAAAUUUAUUAGUAUCAGCAUCAGCUGAUAUCAAAGUAUGGGAUUUACAGACAAGCAUAGAAAACACAAAACUCAAAGGAAAAGCUACUACAAGUAGUGUCCCAGAACAACUAUUUGGUGUCGAAGUAGCUUCUUUUACACUUGCCGAUUUGUCGACGGCUGUCAAUGCAGUUCGAUGGAGUCACGACAGUCAACACUUGGCCAUAGCGGGAAAUGAAGGAAGUCUUACGAUACACGAUUCACAGGGAAAACUUCUCGAGACCAUCCCAUUGAAUGAUGAAGGAUCGGAUAUAACAGAUAUAAAUGCUGUUCGGUUUGCAAAUAAAUCACGAUACGUGAUGUAUGGAGGGUCCGAUAAAAUUGUCAACAUUUGGGAUCGUAAAGAAUCAACGUUUACCGAAUCAUUUAAGGGACAUCGCAGCACUAUCACAUGCAUUGAUUUAAAUGUUGAUGAAACCAUUGUGGCCAGCUCUAGCAUAAGUGGACAAAUCCUUGUGCAUAAUCGGCAAAAAUCUAAUGCAUGGGAUAAUUUAACUGUUUUAACAAAACAGUCUAUAAAUGUUCUGGAAUAUUCUUUCUUCAAACGAGGUCUAUUGGCUGCUGGGGGUGAGGAUGGAUCAUUACGAUUAUGGGAUACCAGUGUUUCUUCAACGGCUUUACAGACAUUUGAGAGUGCACAUUAUUCUGAGAUAAAAGGAAUCGCAUUUUCACCUUUUAAUUCACACUUAAUGUGUAGCGGUGGUUUGGAUAAACGUAUCGUUCUGUACGAUGUUGGUAAAAAGACAACUUUGAAAUCUAUACAUACAGAUACACCUUUGACGGCAUUGGGGUUUAAAGCAGAUGGAGUAACUGAGAAAGAUCGUUCUACGGACCGGCGUAAUACUAUUGUCAAGAAACAGAGUCAUUUUAAAACAUCGUCAAGGGGGUCAACUCCUCCGAUUUCAAAUAAGAUUUCAAGGCCUUCACCACCACCACAAACUCCAAAUGAUACAAAAGAGAAAAAUUAUAUGGAUAUGUUUUCGCCAGUGAGAGAAGAAAUAAAUACCACGGAAUUGAUUACAGACUUUUCAAGUAAGAUUUCAAGGCCUUCACCACAAACCCAGACUCCAAAUGAUACGAAGGAAAAAAAUGAUAUGGAUAUAUUUUCUCCAGUGAGAGAGGAAGUAAAUGGAAAUACCACCAUGGAAAUUACUUCAGACUUUUUAAGUAAGAUUUCAAGGCCUUCGCCGCCACCACCAGCACAAACUCCAAAUGAUACUAGGGAAAAAAAUGAUAUGGAUAUGUUUUCGUCAGUAAGAGAGGAAAUAGAUGACAAUACCACAAUGGAAGUAACUUCAGAUUUUCCAUUACAAGUCAUUAGGAAUGCAGUUGAUGAAUGUUUGCAAGAGUUUCGAACAUCUUUACGUAAUGACAUACAAAAUAUGCAUUUAGAAUUAUUGCGACAAUUUCAUAUUCAAAAGACUGAAAUGGAAAUGAUGUUUCUGAAAUAUUGUGGGGAAACAUUGUCACUUCGUGAAGAGAACCUAAGAGUAGAUUCAUAG